UGUCAAGAUCUAACGGUGUUAUAAACAUUUGUAGUUUACUACUGCGUUGAAGGAAGGAAAAUACACAGUUAGAGAGAAGGAGACAGAAAGAUGGCUUUUACAAUGAAUGGCGGAAAUGGCGAGUACAGUUAUUCGAAUAACUCCUCUUUCCAGAGAGGAGCGGCCGAUGCUGCCAAGGAACAUAUCAAUGAGGCAAUAGCUGAAAAGCUUGACAUACAGAACUUUUCUUCUUCCAACACCUUUCGAGUCACAGAUUUGGGUUGCUCCGUUGGACCUAACACAAUUUUGGCAAUGCAAAACAUAGUUGAUGCAGUGGAGCUCAAAUAUCAAUCUCAAGGACAUAACACUCCUGAAUUCCAAGUCUUCUUUAACGAUCAUGCUUCAAAUGAUUUUAACACACUCUUUACAUCCCUGCCUCCACACAGGAAAUAUUAUGCAGCAGCCGUGCCUGGUUCUUUUUAUUCUCGCUUAUUUCCUAAUGCCUCUCUUCACUUUGUUUUCUCUUCCUAUGCCCUACAAUGUCUUUCUCAAGUACCAAAAGAGGUGUUGGACAAAAGCUCUCCUGCUUGGAAUAAAGGGAGGAUCCACUACUCAAAUGCUUCAGACAAAGUUGUUCAGUCUUAUGCAGCUCAAUAUGCUAAGGACAUGGAGUGCUUUUUAAAUGCUAGAGCACAAGAGGUUGUAUAUGGAGGAUUUAUAGUAAUAAUCAUCCCAGGCCGUCCCAAUGGACUCCCUCAUUCACAAGCUAUUGCCAAUAUGGUAGGAGAAAUCUUGGGAUCUUGCUUGCUAGACAUGGCUAAGAAGGGUACAAUUAGUGAAGAGAAAGUGGACACCUUCAAUCUACCAACAUAUUUUGCAUCUCCCCAAGAAGUGGAAGCAAUUGUGGAACGAAAUGGAUGUUUCCGUUUAGAAAGAAUGGAAAUUCUUCCUCAAGCAAUACCGAGUGGUAAUUUUUCAAGAGGCAAGGUGACGUCAUCUCAAAUUAGAGCUGGCAUGGAGGGAAUGUUUAAGGAGCAUUUUGGAGAGGAGAUUAUAGAUGAGCUCUUUGAUGCAUUGCACAAGAAACUUGAUGAAUCGUCCAUAUUCGAGUCAGGGAAUGGAUCUACUUUAUUUGCGUUACUCAAUCGCAUAGCAACCGUUUAGAAGAUACAUACAAUUCGGAGCAUUGAUGGAGCUUUACCUUGAAUUUGAAAGUAACUCAAGAGACAUGAACAGAGUAUCUUAUCUCAAUGGUGGUAGCAUCUACUUAGAACUUACACUAGUAUAAAUAACACCAAAAUAAAUAGUGGUAACUAUUAGGCUGCGUUUGAUGCCUUAUGGAUUUAAUUCUGUUCCAUUGUGUUAUACACUUUCUUUCCACAUUAUGGAAUUCUGCAAAAUGAUGUUGCAAUUUGUUUACUAUGGUAACCCCAAUAAUAAAAGACUGUAUGUAAUGCUC